UCAGCCCCUUCGGCUGGAGACUCGGGUUUAUCUGGAACCAGGAGAGUAAAUCCAUUCAGGAGCUGCGCGCCGUGAGGUUAAAGGGGCCGGGGGAGCAGUGAGAGAGCGCCGGGAACCGGGACGGAUUAAAACGGCUUUUCAUUCCCGCCGAGACUGGUGUUUGCGGAGCCAUGGCGGUGUUCUCUGCGCUUUGGGUGCUCUUACUGUGCCAGCUGCUGACAUGUUCCUCUGCCCAGAGGCUGGGACCCAGAGGAGCUCCUGGGCCCCAAGGACCCGAAGGGCCACUGGGAAGGGAUGGCACCGAUGGAAAACCGGGACCUGCUGGACUACCGGGGAAAAUAGGUCCCAAAGGGAAGGCGGGACUACCAGGCGGAGCAGGAAAACCAGGCCUGCCGGGACUCCCAGGGGUGGACGGUUUGACAGGUCCCGAUGGUCCCGCUGGGAAGGAUGGACCCCCGGGGGAUUCAGGAGACCCUGGACCUUCUGGGCCACCUGGACCUCCUGGCAGAGGGAGAACAGGAGCUGCAGGACUUCCUGGAACCAACGGGUGGCCCGGCGGAGUCGGACCCCAAGGUCCAGCGGGUGCCGAGGGUCUUCCAGGACUUCCCGGACCUUCCGGCCCUGACGGACCGCCGGGUCUUCCUGGCACCCUGCAGGAUCUCAGCGGCGACCUUCUGUGUCCCGCCAUCUGCCCCGCCGGUCCCUCCGGUCCGUCUGGGAUGCCGGGAUUCAAGGGUCACACGGGGCAUAAGGGAGACAAGGGAGAGGUCGGAAAAAACGGAGAGAAGGGUGACUCCGGGCCACCCGGCCCACCAGGUAUCCCUGGGACUGUGGGUCUGCAGGGCCCACGUGGUCUCAGAGGUCUACAAGGCCCAAUAGGAUCCGUAGGAGACAGAGGCCUGCCCGGUUUCAGAGGCAAACAAGGCAUCGCUGGCAUCAUCGGAAAGACAGGCGAUGCGGGAGAAAAGGGACCACAGGGAUUCAGAGGAUCCAAAGGAGAAAUUGGGAAAAUCGGUCCCAAAGGAGGUCCCGGAGGAUCUGGACCCAAAGGGGAGCCUGGUAUCCCUGGCAGAGAUGGCAAAGACGGUACCCCCGGAUUGGAUGGUGAGAAGGGUGAUGCUGGACGCCACGGGGUAGUUGGAGAGAAAGGACCCAACGGACUUCCUGGUCUACAAGGAAAAGCUGGUUCAAAGGGGUCUACGGGGGCAGUUGGGGAUCCAGGGAAGUUUGGGGAGACAGGACCCUAUGGAGAGCCAGGUAUUCCUGGUGAUAUCGGCGUCCCAGGAGAGCGGGGGAUACCUGGACCCAGAGGCGUGGCCGGAGGCAUUGGGCCGACGGGCAACGCUGGACCUCAGGGAGUGAAAGGCUUCCAGGGGGUUACCGGAGCCUUGGGGGAUCCAGGUCUUCCAGGUCCAACAGGUAUUCGCGGAGAGUUUGGCGAAAGGGGUCCAGUUGGAGCUCUCGGACCUAAAGGAGACAUGGGUGUGGCAGGAAGUGACGGCCUGCCAGGAGAGAACGGAGAGCCGGGUCCUUUCGGCCCAGUGGGACAAAAAGGAGAGUCAGGGAAGCGGGGCGAACUGGGGCCUAAAGGCGUGACGGGUCCACAAGGAGAGCUCGGGGCCAGAGGGCUUCCAGGAAAAACGGGACCAAUGGGCUUCCAAGGGGAGCAGGGUCGGCCCGGAAUCGCAGGAAAGACCGGCGUUCCUGGUAAACUGACGAGUGAGCAGCACAUCAGAGAGCUGUGCGGCUCAAUGAUCGAUGACCAGAUCGCACAGCUGGCGGCUAACCUUCGUAGACCCCUGGCCCCUGGCAUGGUGGGCCGACCAGGCCCCGCGGGGACUCCGGGGAAGACGGGAGUGGCGGGCUCGAUCGGGCACCCGGGUCCACGUGGGCCCCCGGGCUACAGAGGCCUGCCGGGAGAGCUCGGAGACCCGGGACCAAGAGGGGAUGUUGGUAACCAUGGUGACAAGGGACCCAUUGGCAAAGCUGUGGACGGGCCCGCUGGAGACCAAGGAUACCAAGGUCUUCCAGGAGUACCUGGAAUUGUUAAAGACGGCCGUGACGGAUCUCCGGGAGACCCGGGUGAGCCCGGAGAGGCCGGCAGGGUAGGUAGGACGGGGCACCAGGGACCUCCAGGGAUCUGUGACACAACGGCCUGCCAGGGAGCAUCGGCCGCUGGAAAGUCCUCCAACCCCAAAAACCAUUAAGAAGCCACCUCCUGCAACGCGAUGCCGUUCCACCCCAAGGAGGGAAGGGUGAUAAGUGAGGGAAGGAAGGAAGGAAAGGAGAACGAUCACAAGAAAUUUCCUCUUUAUUUAAAUACAUGUAUCACAACAUGGGAAGAGUAACAUCAAACAGGUGAUAGAGGAACAUCCCAGGAGUGACAUGAAUACCAGAGCAACUGAGAGACAAAAAAACACCGAGAUGACAUCCAGAAAAUAAAAGAACAAGAGGCACCGGAGAGUCCGAGAGACCAACCGCAUUGCUCCAUAUUCUACAGAAUCACAUAAGAAGACUUGACCUACAAACAACUGGAAAACGAUUGAGUCCUUUGGUGUGUAAAAACUUUGUACAUGUUCCCAAGCCACAGUUACCUCGGUUAACAUCCUUCCGGCAGAUGGCAUCGUGCAUGUAUCAUGGCCCGUUAAUGUAAAUCACAGGUAUGACCUCAACAUCCGAGCUUACAGUGUAAGAUAUGGAAAUAAGAAACUGAGGCAAAAAGCCUCCGUCAAGGAGCUGUGUUUGUGUUGUAAAAGGAAUAAAAAAACAAAUACAACGGUGCCCAGAAAUUGUGUAGAUUAAUGCAAAAACUUCUAACUUUUCAGUCUUUUUUAAAAAGAAACAUUUGCUUCUUUGUUUUUUCAAUUACAUGUGAAGUUGAUUCUCUAGAUUUGAGAAGGAAAACCUAAAUAAAACUUGUGGAUGUCUAAAUGAGACAUUGUAAAACUAAUUUAAUAAUUGUAGAAGCAAAUAUAUAUAUAUAUAUAUAUAUAUAUAUAU